GUGAAGAGCCUAUUAGUUUUGGUAAUGUUCGCGCAGCUCUUCUGGUUCCAACUAUUUUGAACGCUGAAACCGUCGAUUCCAUUCCAACGGUAGCACCUUUCACACGCUCACUGUCUAUGGAAGGCACAGAUACUUCCUUUAGAGAUGAUACAUCGGCACAGACGGGGAAUGGGUCCGCGUUCCCGUUGCCUCUCCCACCUCCUAGACAAACUGCUGAACCCAGUACCAGAAAUUCUUCUGUUGGGGAAGAAGACAGCUCACGUCCUGAUUGGCUUCGAGAUUCUCCUGAGCAGCUUCCUUUGGGGAGCGAAACGGUACAAAGAGAAGCUUCGAACGCCAGUGGCAGAAGUGCCGGCAGUACAGGGAAUCAGAUAGUCCAGAGGACGUCCUCACAACUACAAGUGCUUUCCAGCAGCAUAGCUCGCGGUACUAACAAGGCCUUUGAGGCCUUGUUCGGUGAUGCAAAACCUCCGUUUGUCAGUCGAAGGCGUCUUGCUGAUGGGGAAGCUGCGAGGUACAUCGUUUCCCGGACACUUCUUCCCGCUUCCGUUAUCUUCAGCCAGCCCACAAAAAUGACGAAUCAAAAGGCUCUGGAUAGUAACGAUGUCAUGGAGGCGUCUAAAUCUUUGCGGGCUUUUAGUUUGCCGUCCGAACGCCAGGCAAAAUGUUUGGCCCAAGCUUGGACGCCUCCGCGGAUGGAGCCGUUCGCCAACCACCCACUCUUUCGUCUUGCUCUUUUGGAUGGUGACCAGGACAAGGCAGUUGCUCUUUACGCUACUGGGAACAUCAACAUCGUGUGCCCUUUUGGAAACGUCAAAGGAGAGUUGUUCUACCCUGUUCACGCAUGCGUUCUCGGUGAGUCACUUUCGAUCUUGCGAUGGUUAGUCGACGAGAAUUGCUGCCCCAUAAAAUCCGUUCGAGUCAAUGGAAGGACGAAGGAUGGAAUCUGUAACUAUACGGCAAUUGUGACAUCAAAGGGCCGGUCGUUGCUGGGAAUCGCAAUGGAAAACAACUUGAUACCAAUCGUUCGAUAUCUGGUUGUAGAGAAGGGCCUCUCUUUGGCAGAGGAGAAGUCCCUAACCCGCGAAACGCUUGUCCAAAACCUUCAGCUUGCUCUAAGGGCCAUACCAAACGCCACAACAUCAACCGAGGCCAUCGAAAUGGAUGUGUCGGAAGCAUUGUAUCACGACGCCACAGUCAAUGACAGCGCCGAGGCGGAUUUGGGGGACACGACGAGCCCGCUUUCUUCAGAGUAUCAAAACGUUGUACCAGUGCCUAUUCCUGACCGCGAACAGGGUAGCGAGAGAGAUUUGCCAGGUGGGCGUACUCUAAGUGAAGAAGCUCGCAAUUUCGGAGCAAUUAGCCGACCCGGUAGAGGUUCUUUUUCGUACGAUGGUCGGCAGGAUGAAAAUGAAUUUGCGUGGCUACCCCUUGCGGUCAUCAAGUCUGUUGUCUGGACUGCAGCGAGCACUUGUCCCGUUGUCCAGUUUGCGCCAUGCCGACCUCCUUCAUGCGAGUAUUUAAAGUAUGAAAAGAAGAAAUUAAGACCGAAGAUUUUUAUGGUAGUGUAUGAGCUUGUCUUUUGGUCUAGUAGUAAGUAG